AUGGCGAAUGUUACGAAAGUUUUGGCCACAAUAAAAGCGGUUAUUACAAGAUUAGUGUUCGCGUGCCAUGGCAUCAUAGCUAUAUGGCAGGUUACCGAGUUUAAGAACAGUAUUGAGUAUUGGUACUUGGCCUCUCCCAUUUUGCUUCUCAUUUUCGAAGGGCUCUUCACUUUGACCAUAAAGGAGAACCAGGAAUGGAAAUGGUUCUGUCCAUCAGUCUUCAUAUACCUGGGCCUGGUGGUGCCAGCGAUCUGGCUGCUGGAGCUACACAAGGUGGACAUCAGGCUCGCAAACAAGAACAACCUUCAGAAUACAUCCCUUGACAUUGACAUCGUAAUACCAGGUGCUACGAAGAUCCCCACCAACAUGUGGGUGACUCUCAUUGAGCAGUUCCUGAUGCUGACGCUCAUCGUGGGAAGAUGGUUACUCCCGAAAGGGGACCUCACCAGGGACCAGCUCAGUCAACUCCUUCUUGUUUAUAUUGGAACAGCGGCAGAUAUCAUCGAAUUCUUCGACUCGUUCAAGGAUGAGAAGGUCGCAACCGAGAAGGUUCUAGUACUCCUAACCCUGGCCAUUUGGUCGUGGUCCCUGAUGCAGUUCACAGUGGUACUCACCGCCACCAAGUCCAGGAAAUCCCGCGGAGCUGCUAAUAGGUCUGAAAUGAACAGUCGAGCAUGCUGUUGUUCUAUAGAGGUUUGUGCUAUAAUCAUGAAUAUAGCACUGCAGGACGCCCCGUUCCUGGCGUUCCGGCUACUUAUUAUAUGUCAUUACAAGAUUAUAAAUUAUAUGAACAUAUUCUUUACAUGUAAAAAUACAUUGGUAAUAUUAUUGCAAAUAUAUAGGCUAUAUGUACUACAUUUGGAGACGGUUGACGAGGGGAAUGGAGGUUCAGUGUACAGGAAAACCCACAAGCACAAGUCUAGCGAGAGAAAAGACAAGGACAGGAAACACGACAAAAAGAAACAUCAUAAAUCGAAGAAACACAAAAAGCAUGAUAUUGGGGAAACUUCAAUAGCAAUGAUCAGCGAUCCUCGAAGACACGACAAGGGUGAUGGCGGACGUAUCAGAGCUAUAAUCCUAACAAAUUCGGAUGAAAUAAGAGAAGUGGAACUGUCAACGCUUUUCAGAGAUCAGAUAUCAACAGAGAAUGAGAGGAAGAAAGGGACCAAAAAGAAGCAAAAGUCGGAAUCAUCAGAGGAAUCGUUGAACAAUAUUCAUCAUACCACAGACGAUUCUGGUAUUUGACAUCACCGGGUACGUAGGGAGAGCCCGAAACGAAGUCCCAAACAUAAAGACAAGCACGACAAGCGAAAAGACAAAAAGAGCAAGAGGAAA